UCUGCAAUUCUUUCGUUUCGAUUGUUUACUGUUUCUUUACUUUCUAGGAUUUCAUAAACUCGAAUCACUAUUCUUUUGCUUCCAAAGUAUUCAUUUGUGUGUUUAGAGUUGGUAGUGAUUGGUAGUGGAUGUGUUCUGGUUAUAAUAGCGAACAGUGGAUGCAUUGUUGCGAUUGUGCUCUAUUUGCUCGAAAUUUAGUGUGAUCGCUUUCGUAUUUAAUUAUAGCAGAUUUUGAAUUUGGAAUGUGGUUGAGUUUCUCGGCUACGACUCAAUGUGAUGAAUUUCAGUAUCCACUGUGCUGUUUUUCUUUUGUUUUUAAGCUAAUGACUCUAAAAAUUUGUUGUUCCUUUGAUUGUAUCAUCGUAAAUUGAUAUAUACAUCGCAUUUAAUUGGUGUGGUAGGAUCAGUAUAUCACUCCAGCUUAUUUGAAUCGUGUGAAAUAAAUAUAGUAGAGGAGUAGGAGGUGCAUAUGAUAUAUGAAUCAGUGAAGAAUAUUGUUCUCAUUAGCUUUGAAGUGAUGAUCCUACAGAAAUUCAAGUUAUUUUGAUACUGGAAACUAUUUCACACAGGGUUCUAACUCAGUCAUGAGCGGCUUUGAAGUUUCUAUGCCAAUGACUAUGGUGUUAAUGAGGCAAAAUCGAGUAAAUCGCUAUGUUGCUCGUGGCGCUAAUCAAUACAUAAAUUCACUACUGUCAAUUUUAUCAUUCCUAUGUCUUCUGACGAUGGCAAUCGUUUUUAUAGGAUAUCUCCAUCAUGCAUCAGGUGGGCAGGGAAGUAUCACAGAUGUUGAGAAUGACGUUGAAGGUCAUACAUUUUGCACUUCGGAAGUUCAAACAAUAAUAACAUUGUUAAAGGAAGUAUAUGACUAUAACAUGAACAAAGUGUUAUAUGUUGGCCCUGAUACUGGUUCAGUGAUGCCCGAAUUGCUCGAAGACAAGGAUGAUUAUGUAGAUUGGGGUAUGGAUCCAUAUGACACCGAUGGUGCUGAUUCGUGCUGCUGGGAUCUCAUUGAGAGAGAAAUUGUCCAUGUUUCUGAUAUGAAAUUUCCGCUGCCUUAUAGGGAGAAAUCAUUUUCUCAUGUUAUAGUUUCAGAUACUUUGGAAUAUAUGUCUUCAAGAUACCUUAACGAAACAAUUCCCGAGUUUAUGAGGGUAUCUAGAGAUGGUAUUGUCAUAUUUGCAGGUCAUCCAGAUUUUCCAGUUUCGAAAUUCAACAGAUCCAGAUACAACCGCCAGGCCAAACUCCGAAGUCCUUCUUGGUGGAAAAUGUAUUUAGCUCAAAGGAAGUUUAAAGAAGAUGCUGCUGCUAAAGAGAGGCUUAACAAUAUGUUAAAAGACAUCUCAUUCGAACCAGCCUGCCAAAUCUUUCUUCUCAAGUCAGAACCAUUCCAUUAAAACUAUUGAUUUUUUUUUUUUUUUGGGUCCAAUUCUUUAGCCAAUUGAAACCAUGCUUCAAAUUUAAUUAUCAGUCACUCAUUCAUUUUAGAUCAGUAAAUUUAUUUCAAGGUCUUUUUAGGUUUAGUCUGACAAAUAUCAGACCUUUUGUUUGAUAUGAGUAAUCAGUCAAAAGUGUUGGCAUGAGUUUGCUCCAUUGCUUUUGGGUCUUCUGUUCCGUACAUUUUUUCCCGUUUGUAAAUAUGAAUUCUUACAAAUGGUAUCCAUAUUUCAAAUUUUUCUUGUGGAAAUAUGGAUGUGAAUAAGAAUCAUUUUUCUUUUC